CACGAGUAAACAAAUGAUAUGACAAUUUAAACGUAUACAAAACGCGGAAGCCACGUUGCAAUCAAAUUCCUUUUUCUUGUCCCAGUGACUUUUAUUUCAUAGUAUAGUUAGGAACAACAUGGAAAAGAAUUUGUUUUUUCUUGUAUUCGCACUUUACAGUCUUGUUCAGGGAGGUGAUUUGGACAUUUCAUUAUGUGAUGCUCGCCAGUGGUAUUUGAAAUGUGCAGCAGAAGGACUGUUUGACGGACCAUUAACUGGGUCUCAAGAAUCAGUGCAGUACGAAAUUGAAGAUAUAUUAUUAAAAAGUAGAAAUGAUCCGACUCAAAGACAAGUAGACUGUAUCUUAUUGGAACAGUUUGAAAAUAUUUUAAAAAAGAAGUCAAAAGGGAACGAAGGUGAUAAUAGUGAAGCUGUAAACGAAGUGGAAGUUGAUGAAACCGACAUUCUUGAGGAAGAAACAGAGCACGAUGUAACUGCUUCAACUGAAAAUACUUAUAACAAAGACGAAGAUAAUCAAGUAAUGGACGAAACAAAUAGUUUACCAGAUGAAGUCACACAUAGUUCCCAUCUCCCGUCAAAUUCUCAUGGUGAAACAAGCGAAGAUGAAGAUUCCAAAAAUGCUGCAGAAAUGGGUACUGUGGGAGAAUCAAAAGAACAAAACGGAAAUCAGGAAAUGGCAACAGAAAGCAACGGAGAACAAUUUCACGUUAUGGAAGAAAAUGAACAAAACACAAUAGAUCAAAACAGCGACAAACCAAAGACAACAAAACAAAACAAAGAAUAUGAAGAGCCACAAUUACAGACAACAGAACAUAACGAAGAACAUCAACAUACAAUGGAACAAACUGAUGAACAACCACAGACUUCAGAGCAACACGGGACAAACACACAGAAAGAACACAAUGAAGAACAACAUAAGUCAACGGAACAAAGCGAACAUGACGAUAAAGUACAACAGACAACAGAACAUAGCGUAGAAAAUCAACAGACAACAGAUCAUAGCGAAGAACAACAACAGACAACAGAACAAACCGUAGAACAUACUACAAUCCAAAGUGAUGAUCAACUACACGUAACCGAAAAUGGGGGAGAUCAACAACAGAAAGCAGCACCACAAGAGGAAGAUCAACAAAAUAUAAAAGAACGAAACGAUUAUCAAACACAAACAACUGAUCAAAAUAGAACACAUAAAAAGACAACCGAACAGGAUGAAGACCAACCACAAAUGAUGGAACAAAAUCACAAAACCCAGAUAACGGAGAGAAACGACGAAUCGAAUACGAUGGAACAAAACAGAGCACAACCACAGGCAAUAGAGCAAUAUGAAUUUCAAUCUGAAUUUAUUGACUCAAUUAUUGCAGAUCUUUUUCAAGCAGAUGAUGCAAGCGAACAAGAUAGUGCAGCAAACACAGGUAGCUUAAAUAGUGAACAAACUAUGCCUAUCCAAACACAACAAAACAGUGAAAAUGCAGAUGUUCGAACACAUGCUCUACAGGAUGAGGCCCAGUUAAGUGGUUUUACACAGGAAAAAGAAAUACGUCAAGAGAUGCAAGCUGAUAAAACAAGCCAAACUACAGAGCAUUUGAAAACAGACAUGCACGAAAUAGAAAAAGGGAAUGAAAAACACAUGGAAAAAGAAACAGAUAAAGCAUCAACUACUGAACAAUACAAUGAUGCAUCACCUGAAACAAAUAAAAUCAGGCCAACAGAUAAUAUUUCGAACAGCGAACAUCUUCAAAAUGUAAAAGACUUUGAUUCGGAAUCUGGUUACUCCGAUGCAGAAAAAGACAACAAUCUAUUAAACUUUGGAGUGUGUAGAACAGACAAAUCUAGCGCAACUGAUAUAUUUCUUUCGCGAUAUUUGCCGUCAAUCAAUACAAUUAAUGAAAGUACAACUGAAAAAUGCAGCGAUUGUCAUGGCUUUGAAACUGACAACAAGAACAACAUGCCUGAUGAAUUUCGUGAUAAGGAUAUCAUCAUGAACAAACACGAAUCCACAGUAUCUAGUAAGAAGCUUGUUCAGAAAGACAGCCCUCAUGACUUGCCACAAGAACACACAGAUUCUACAAAGAAAGACAGUAAACUAUCAGAUCUGGUUCCCAGCAAUGAAAAUACAAACGACGAAGGAUAUGUCUUGAACAGUGGAAACGAAGUCAAGUCUGACGAC